AUGAGUGAUCUCAAUCCCCUCGCAGCUACGUUCGAACUGCGGUACAAGAAGGCUUGGAAACUUUGCUACGAGGGCAACCGUGAGGAAGCAGAGACCACAGCUGCCGAGCUUCUUCUCGAGCCUCGCCUCGGUCGCUUUCAUCAAGCUGGCAUGCAUCUUCUGCUAGCCAUGUCGCCCCACGACUAUGUGGAGCAUGCGCUCGAGGCAGUCAAACUGUACACUGAGAUGGAAAACCGCGAAGGCGUGACUGUCACGGAGCGGGAGCAGCUUCAGAAGCUCAUUGGUGAUGCCAACCAUCUCCUGAACAAGGCUCGCCAAGACCAGACCGUGGCUGACCGAAACAUUCAGAAGGUCCUGGCAACUAUGACUAUGGAUGACCUGCACGAUGCUCGGAUUGAGGAAAUGCACAAACGACUUGACGCCGAACAAGCGGCCGAAGAGGCUGCCGCUGCCGCCGUCGCCGAAGAUCUUGAUGAUGCUUUUGGGGUAGCGCCGUCUCAAGAACUCCCCAGUAGCCAGGACGUCCCUGAGCUGGCCGGAGAUUCUCAGAUGACAGGCACCGAUACUCAGCGCACUGAUUCACAGCGCAUCACGGUUUCGCGCUCUGUAUCCAUCGCUGAUUCUCAGCGCACCGAGACCGGGCUUGAUGAUGAUGAGCCUCUUCCUGACAUUGUCAGAUACAAGUUCGACGAUAAGAAGGGUCUCUAA